CUGCAGCGACUGUUCAGUCAAAAAAAAUUGCUUCUAUGUCAUAUUAAAGAAAAAGGAGAAUUCAAAGCUCAGAAAAAAUUUCCGAGCUCCAGAGAAUCUAACCCACGACCCUCCGAGUUAUGUUGGGUAAUAAGUAUGGGCUUUUAGUGAAAACGAUUAGAAAAAUUCCCAAAAUCACUUAUACGGCCAGCCGGACGUGUUCUCACUUUUGACAAGCACUAAAUUUUCAGUGCCAGCUUUUCCGCAUGAACCCACUUGCCAAUUUGACCAAUCAGAGCAUAAAAGUUGGACAAAGAGCGUGACCAAUGCGUAACCAUGGUGAGGAAAGUAAAAAGCGACUGCCUUCCCUGCAUGUGAAAGCCGGUUGAAUUUUCCACUCCGGGAUCAAUUUGAAAUCAAAAUUUAAAUAGUGCGGCUCAUAAACACAACUUAUUUCAUAUGCAUUUUAGAAAAUUGAACUUUAGCCUGCGAUCAUUUUAAAAGUAGUAACUUGUCAGCGAAUAAUUUCAAAAAAAUAACUCGAACUCAGUGGGUCGAUACCUGAGCCCGCGAUACGGUCAUGUGGUACUCGUCAGCGAAGACACUGUUUUGACAGCUAUCAAUUGAUCAUAAUAACAGGAGGGCAUUUUGCAUGCGCAUGCGUGAAUCCGCUGAACGACAAUAGCGUAGGCGCAUCAAAUCUGAUGGCGGGAAAUCGAAAACUCGCGCCUAAAGUUACAGUCCUUUUAAAAGCCAUUUCGUUGGUGCUUUGAAUGCCGUACUUUCCUACAAAAAAUAUUCUCCAUGACAAAUAUCGGACGUUUUCUACGCGCGUUUUCACUUGUAGAUUUUUCAGCAGUAGGUUUUCUUGGCCUUUAAAGACAAGACUCAACGCCAAAAGUCAUGGUCUGUAUAAGUCUGAUUUUCACUGGCAAAGCAAUGCAUUUCUAUGGUUUGAUUUCCAAACUCGUGGUUUUAUUUAGGGAGGAAAUUCAUCGUAGCAAUGUUCAGCUGCUUUAAGACAAAAUCCAAAAAAAAAUUUACCACGCGAGGUUUAUUUAUUAGCGCGAUGUCUCAUGUUAAACUGAUCGCGGAGACACGCGUUUAUAUAUGCCACAAAACUUGGAAUCUAUAGGGUUUUAACAGUUUUUUGAAAGUUUUCGCGGAAAAAAUUUAUAAAAAAUAUUCUCCUAUAGGAAGUGAACAAUGGAUUGAGUUUGAAGCAACAAUUACAAGUACAUAAUCACUUGAGCAUUUCAUAAGCUCAGUUGCAAACAAAACGAAUGCACAUACUCCGAAAAAACGAACAGUACUUUUAUUUUUCUUUAACUCUUAAAGAUACAGAGAUUUUUCCUACGCUACUAUUUUGAAGCGACUCUUGAGUAACAGCUCCUGUCUCCCACAAUUGAUUUCUUGUUAUUAAUUUAUAUUUGAUGACAGUAGUAAUCUCUUCAAAACAGAGAAUGGCCAUCACUCCAUAAAUCUAACUGACGAUGUUGUUCAAAGCCUGUUUAGACAUAAGACAGGAAGUUUGUUAAAGGGGUGCAUAUAAUGCUGUUUCCUCAAAAAAUAAAUACUUCUGCUAAAGGACCCAAAUGAGCUGGGAUGCGACAACAAGCAUGACACAAAUGGAUGGAUGAAUUUGUCUGUUAUUAAUCUUUCUGUUGAGAGCUUUUUACUGUAUCCAGAUGAACCUCUUAUGUAAGGUGUACAUCAUGGAAGAACUAUCAAGCAAAAACUGAUACGUUAAACAAGAAUGUGGUUCAAUACAGAGGAGAGGCUGGUCUCAGUCAACAUCCUUUGUGAAUGAAAUGUCUCACAAAUUAGCAUAUCAACAAAUGUAGUAUCCACAAAAUAUAUCAUUUAGGAAUAAAUGCGAUUUUUUUGCAACAGAAGCAAGGAUUGACUGAAAAGGUGUAUUGAUAACGUUUCAUUUCGUGCUAUUUUGGGUUUGGGGAGUUAGGCUAGAUUUUCUUUAAAACGCCAAAAUGUUAUAUUUAUUUGCAUAAUGAAAUGUAAACAAACCGUGUACCAUCAAAAUAAGGUGGAAAAAAUCAGAAUUCAAACCGAUUGCUGUAAUUUUUUUCCUUUGUAUAACUAAAUGAGAAAAUAUUCUUAUUUUCUAAACACAAUCUUACUGCCUUCAUUAUACUGAUUUAAAUUUAUAGUUGAAGUGCGUGUAUUUUAUUUCUCAACGAAGACGUACCGGAGAAGAAAGCUAAAAUUACUGCAGAAGGCGAUUUUUCACAGCCUUCAUCAAAGCGCCAUUCAUUCGCGGAAGUAUUCUUAGUUUCAUUAAUCAUUAACUUAAUCUGGGGAGAAAGGCAAGAUUUCGAGAUAAACAAGCCAGAGAAAGGGUGAAAAACAGUUUCACGGCAGAAUAGACACUUAUUUAACCACUGUAUUCCUGAAACGAUUAAGUUCGAUUUUAGAGUUAUACUAUUGAGAAGAAUUAAGUAUCUAUAGGAUAAUUGUUUAACGACAAACUAUCAUACUGACCUUUUCCUCCUGCUCAAAAACUGUGCGCGAAAUGUUAGGUAGUAAGAACAUUCAGCCGCCAUCUUGUCUUCGAUGUACUGUUUUACGAAAGGAAAGACUGUCCUCUCAAGGGCGACAGCGAGGCUACAAUAAACUCACUUUCAUCGUAGAAAUACCUCGAUACCUUAAAGAACAUGUUUGUGGAAUGUAGCACCCAAUACACGUCAUUCAGCUCCAGAAAACGGCCUGCAAAUGCUGGUACUGAACGUAAACAAUUCACAGAAAAUGCCUCUGUGGCACUUCUGUGGCACUUCGACAGCCCAUAUUGACGCAUGCGCAUACAAAAUGCCCUCCUGUUGAUCAUAAUAUGGAUUGUCACAUAGAUUUACAACAUCAGGCUGCAGGCUCCAACAGGGGUCUUUUUUUGGAUGAGCGUGCGCGACCGCUGAACAAGCGAUUUGCAACGAGGCUCGCCACAGGGUCUGUCUUCAUCAAAAUGGCGCGUCACAAAGCUAUCGUCUUGCCGAAUGUGCUUGUGUUUUAACAAAAUGUGUACCCUGGGUUCCAGAGGAUAUUUUUUUCUGAUCGAUACUGAUGGUUCGCGGCGAAGCCGCGUCAACGGGACGCGAAGUGCCGAGGAGAAAGAGCUUUUAAUAUCAACCGUAAGCACGUCUUAUUUCAUCUUAGGCAUUUUGAGAACGGUCCUCUGGAGCCGGGUAAAAAAUGUGUAGUUUGCGAAAAAAAAAAAAAAAAAAAAAAAAACUAAAUGGUCUCCACAAAAGCGAAGUAGACCGGCUUUAACAUACCACGAGCUACGAUCAAAUUUCAUCUUUCCGCUUGACCUGGACAGCAGCGCGCGUAUAUGUAGUAUUUGUAGGAUUGCGCUGACCUCAUCAAAGUAUAAGCAAAGUGCCGAAACGUUUGUUGAUGAAAGUAGACACUUACAAAUUUUCUUUGUUUUGAAAUUGGAAAGGAACACGUAUAUUAAAAAAAUAUCAUUGCAAAUCUCAGCCAGUGGGUUCGAAGUGCGUAAAAGCUAGUUCAGCAGAGAAUUAAUAUAUGUUCUACAAUUUUCCCGGCACUUUUAAUUAUAAGCUACAAAACUAAGAGCGCACGAGAGGUGGAUUAGUCACCUGAUGAGAUCUUUGUGGUAGUCACUCUAUAUGUCUCGAAAAAUAAAAAAAAAUAAAAUAAUGAUAAAAAAGAAUAUCAAUGAGGCACAGUCAAAACUACAUUCAAUAGGACCGAAAUUAAAGUCGAAUCUUAGGACUGAUUUUGAUGAAACAAACGGUUAGGUUUGCCGAGAAGAACAGUAAACAUAUGAUGCUGACCAAAAGUUAAAAUUAUUAGUGCACUUAAGUUCUGGCUAAAUGUAAACUCCUGUACAAGAUGCGUUACAAUGUUAGUCUACGCAAAAACAAGAACUGCUACAAUUUUCCGAUAAACAAACUUUGUAUCGCUAAAAUACCGUGAAGGAACACCUUCCUAUUCCAAAUGAUAACGGCUUGGUAGUCGCCCGCUGAUCGUUAUUAAUAUAUGGCUAAAUCAGCUAUACACAAAUUAUUGAAAGAAAUCCUCUACGGCAUCGAGAAAGUAAUUGACAUCCCAUUUAUAGACAAACACUAAAUAAAGAACAUUUUGCUCAAUAUCUACCUAUCAGCAAUGCAUUCUAUGACAAACUUUGUGGUUUUUUAAGGGAAAUCAAGACACGAGUCGAGCGCCAAACAACAACAAGCAGCCAUAUUCGGUCGGUGUACGGUCACGUGAUUGCUGAAUUUUCGAGGCUGGAUAGAUUAACUAAGCUAUGUGGCUCCGCUAAAAAAAAAGACCCCGUGAUCAAAUAAAAUAUCAGCUGUAACCUUAAAAUAUAUACGUGACCUCAAUGGGUACGAAAAAUGAGCCCGCGAUACAGUCAGUUGAAUUCUGCCAGCGGAUGCUGGGGUUUGACAUCUGUCAAUCGACCUUCUUUAGAAUGGCGAAUAUCCGAACAAAACGGACUCUCGACUGCGAGUGGGAGUAAGACAUUUUAUUAUAUGGCAAAGCUAGUCUUAGGCACAUCCCUGUGCUCUGAUUGGUUCUUUCUCGGUCAGGAUUUUGCAGUACGGACCGUUUUUCCAACCCGUGUUUUUUUGUUUUGGAGCAGGGCCGGCAAAUUCCAAAUUCGCAACCAAAUGAGCGGAAAAAAAACUGUGAAUAUUGUCAUUCUUCACAUUUUUCCUGCUGUAACUUGACCAUUCUGUAUUUGGUUUCUACUAAACUGAAUUUAAGUUUCAGUUUUACGGAGAAAAUUGUUUCGAAUUCCUCAAUUAAUUCGCACAAGAGUUAAACGGCAUUGUCCAGUUUUCCCGCGCGAGUUUUCACGUCUACCUUCGGCGGCAUUGUGAGCGGAAUCGAAUUUAAUGCGAAGCUUGGCCGUUGUUAGUCAUCGCCAGAAAUUUCGAAUCGACAUGCGCAGUGAGAGGUGACACUUAGAAAGUAUCAGCGCAAUUUUCAUUGCAGAGAAAUGACUGAGAAAAGAUUGAAAAUCGAAAAAAAAAAACUGUCGUAGAGGAAUAAGAGGUCACUUACUUUGCAUCAAUUUCAUUAGUAUUUUUGUUAAACUAAAUGAAUCUGCAUUUAUGCGUACCUUUCAAGUUUUAUCCGUUUCGGUUUUGAGGUAAAGAGAUUUGCAAAUUGACUGUAAAGGAUUUGUAUGGCUGUCGGCUAUAAAACGCCGAAACUGAGCCCAGUUUAGUGUGUUUCAGUUCGCGUCCAAGUUCGUUGGGUACAACCACUUUGCAUCGGUUCUGCGAGUUAAAGAUGCUUACUUUCAUGUUCAGUGACACUUUGCACUUUCCGAUUGAAAUGUCUUUCGGUUUUUAACUUUGAAAACACCGUAAAUUUCAGUAUGGACUCCACGGCGAAAUUUCAUCAUAUUCGCUUUUCAAUAUCUCCGCGAAAAAUCGUCCAAAUUUCAUGCAAAACCUCUCACUCGAGAGCUAAUUUCUUGCAUUUUGAACACAUUUUAGAAUAAUUGACGGUAUUUUCGUUCAGCGGUGUCUUUUUUACUGUAAAUACGGUCAUGUUUGUAUAUUGUGACAUUGAGCCCGUACUCGGCCGGAUCUGACAGCGGCUUAGCCCAUAAAAGAAACCUUUCAUAUAAUUGGCACGAAAAUGUUGGUUCGAAAUUUCUGGCGAUGUAACUCGUCGUAAUCUGCUGCAACAAAUUUUGACUGUUUCGCUCCUGUGAUUGAAGGGCUACUUUAAGUUGAAGAUUUCACCACUAAUUAACUUUCGCGUACUUGGAAUUUAUUUUGCACUUGUAGUAGUAGAAGAAGUCAACUCAAAAUUAAAUUAAUAUUACAAAAAAGGUCAUUUCUACUGAAGCGACGGGCAAUUAUUAUACUCACAAUUUGUGUUCCAUAUGCGGCCAGUAAGCUAAUGAUCUAUUUUUCCCGCGUCGCGCUAUGAUAAUUAAAUAUUUCCAAAAAAAUAAACAAACGGGUUGAAAAAUGCAAAUCACACGGUCUUGAUAUCGAUGGAGAAGAUUGGGAACAAGGACUAGGACUCGGAGGAUACAUGGACAAAAAACCUGUAAAAAUACGUAUAUUAAUACCAAAGUCUUUGAGUAAAAAUAAAAAAAACUCAAUGUCAACAAAUUUGGUUUCGGCGAGAAGAAAUGUCAGUCAGGCAUACAGUAAUAAAUUCACAACUGCUUUGAUCCUGAUGCCUGACAUAAGCUGUAAGUUAUUUUUAUUCUCCUUCUUAAAAGUUUUACUACAUAAAAGGAAAUAAUAUGCACACUUCACCAAAUCUCAGAAACCAUUAUGUGUAACAAUCUUAAGUAAUCUUAUGUUCGGGAAAAAAGCUGUUUGGGGUCACCCCGUGCUUGUAAAUUAGAAAGGAAAGAAAUCACAAGAAACAGUUGUUGAGAAGCCUCUUCCAACACCUUCUUCAACAUACCAGACAUACAUAAUUAAAAGCUCCAGUACCAAGAAGCACAAAGGGCGAUUAUUUGAACACUUAUCAGUAUUAUUAUAAGUCUUACUCAUUGUAAGUACACAAGCAAGCAGUCAAAUGUGGUAACAUUUGCUCCCAACAAACAAAAAAUUGGUUUCAAGAAAACAAAAACGAAUCGACUUAUCGCUGAGUCAUCUCAUAACGUAGUUUUUCAAACUGAAGUAGCGACACCAAAUGACAUAAGCUUUUACGCAAUUAUCUAUUGUUAUUGUUUCACAUAUCACACAAAGAAAUCAAAAACAACUGAAACGACUGCGGGGGCAACCGAUCAAAAUAAAGCCCAAUAGUUGCUCUUCGAGAUGAUACAAAAAAUAAAAUUUAUAAACCAAGGAUUGGCGAUAAACGAACACUUGAACAUUCCGCACUCAUCGCGACGAGUUAAACGAACAAGCGUCUUCCGAAAGGUUGUUAAAAAACUAAGAGAAAAUGUACUCAGCACCAUGUUACUCAAAGUGUAACAUCGUAGCAAUCCAUUUGUGACUUUGCAAGGAUAAAAACUUUUCAAGGAAAGGAGAAAGACAAACUUAUUGUGCCGAACUACUCCUACUGAUUUUUCAUGUUUCCACGUGACAGCUGCACGCCCCUUCUGUUUGCAUUUUACCCACCCUGACUUGCACGCGAUUUUGAAGUUGCAGCCAAUACCAUCGCACAAUUUUCGGGACGUAACUUGAACCUUGGGCCAAGGGAAAGGGGUACGAGAAAGUUACAAAAAUAAGGUAAUUUAUGACUUUCAUUAACAAAAUAACAUCGUUCGAAUUUCUGACGCGGUCUGACUGACGUCAUCCCUCCUAACAAGUGGAGGUUCGAAAAUUGCGCGAAAAAGGUUUCAUUUACAAAAAAUGAUUUGGAGGCAAAAAUGAUGAAACAGGAUGUGUGUGUGUGUGUGUGUGUGUGUGUGUGUGUGUGUGUGUGUGUGUGUGUGUGUGUGUAUGUGUGUGUGUGUGUGUAAAAAACACAGAAAAGAUAUGUUUGAAACAAAAUCUUCCUCCUUGAAUUAUAACACCUUUAAAUUUUGUAUAGCUUUAAUUUUACUAGUGCUAAAUUUCAGUAUUUCAGUUUUGCGCAAUUGAAUUUUCACGAGUAUUGAAGUUCGCGAUUAAAAAGAUAACUGAAAAUAGCCUAAUAAAAAUUUGACCAAGUUGACCAAUUUGUCUCAUAAUUUGUCUCUCCCGUGCCUAGGGUUUUUUCUAGUGAAAUAUAGUGAGCAACUCAUCUUUACUUCAUCUGGCUAUAAAACUAACUCAAAAGCACCUGUCAAAAUUUACAAAUCUAUUUCUUCCCUUUAACUUCAGUGGACGUGGGAUCUUGAAUUUAUGGUUUGCAAGAGGCAUUAUUUAAAAAAAAAGUAAAAAAAGUAAAAAGAAACAAAAAAGCACUUGCCUAGAAGGGGUUCGUUUGUCACCAGUCUCACUGAAUGUCUGUUACCUUAAACCAAACUUAAAAAAGUGUUAUUAACGAAUUAGGAAUAAAGCUUUUUAAGGAAGAGGGAAUUAUAUUUACGAAGUUAAGAAUUAAGCUUAGGAAUCCUUAUUAGGAACAAAACCUAGGAAUCAAUUUUUUUUCUGGCCUGAGAGGCCAGUGGUAGUUGAUUUUGUUGUCUUUUUUGUUCUUUUUAUCAUUUAGAUGGUUGGAUCGUCUUCUCAGAGAAAUCAUCUUUCAAACAAAAGCCUUCUUGAUGAAUGCCUCGAACGAUAAGGACAAAGUAGUUCAGAAGAUUGCUCAGAUUGUUUUGCGACUUGAAGCGAUUGAAAGACAACAAAGUGAAAUUGGCGAAGAACUUCAUAAGGUAAUGGAGGCUUGUACACAGAGCGCAUUGUUGCAGCUUUUCGAGUUCGUCACGUCUGAAGACUUCAAAGCGCGCUUUACCUCAUGGACACUGGAGGAAAUUCCAAAGCUAAGGGACAACUGGCAAGACACAAAAGAUGACAUCAUAAAAGCGCUCUCAAACCGACUGCAGACAUUUAUAAAGCAAUGGGAAGAAGACAACAAAGUGUUCGCAAACGCUCGAGAGACCGUUAAACAAUACUUUGAGAAACGCUACAAUUAUGUGGAGGGACAGUUACGUAAUCUCCAAUCCACUGUCACAGCUGACGACAUUCCAUUGACGGCAAAGAUUACUCGUGAAGAGGUUCCCUUUACUCUCGGUCAAAAAGUGGUCAUGGGCGUCACUAGUCCAAUCUGGGUUCCACUUGCUGUGGUGGUUGGCGUUCCUGUCGCCGGUGCCAUGUAUAUCAAAAGCAUGUUGGCGGAAAGAAAUCAAAUAAAGGCCUUCGAAAAAGACAAGUGUGCUUUCAUGAGAGUGAAUUCGGAAGAGUAUUUAAAAUCUACUUCAUCGUUUGGUUUAACGAUGUUCGUGGCGCAACAGUUUAAAGAAUCUGUCGUCAGCCUCAAGCAGAUUGAGGAACGUAUUCCAGAACUGAUAGAAGCUGAUAAAUUGCUGUUCGGUCAACUCCUUGUUGAAACAUGCUCACAGACGAGAAUAUUGGAGCGUUAUGAGCCAAUAAAAGCUGAAGUUUCUCGUCUUAUAGGAGACCUUGCAUUCUUUGGGAUCACAGAAGUUCGAGCCCACAUCAGCAGUAAGAAUCUUGACUGGGACGAAAACAGGUCACCCUGUCUUGGCCGUGGUGCAUUUGGUGCUGUUUACGAGGGGGUGAUGACAGUAAAUGAUGACUCUCGAACCGUGGCGUUGAAGGUGUUCAACGAGGUGCUUGAUGCUAACAAUGCAAGCGGCUAUAUGGACGAGGUGGAACUUUUGAGGUGA